AAAAAAAAGGAGGCUCGGUAAGGGAACUGCUUCCGGUUCCGGUUAAGUUGUGUCCUUUACACGGGUAAAAAUGUUGACCCGAGUUUCACGGUUCGGGCCGGCUUUUGCCCGAAUACUCUCUCAGCCACCGGCUCGGUUCGUCUCCCAGUCAAAGCCGAGCAGUUCCGCUGGUUCGGCGGCUGUGACGGAGGUGCAUGCCCCCGCAUUUAGGUCCGACGACGAGGAGGUCAGCCAGUUUGACAAGAAUCCAGAUUAUCAUGGCUUCUCCGCGGAUCCGGUGGAGGAUGAGUGGAACAUGAAAGUGGGCUUCUUCCUGGGCAUUUCAGUGGUUGUUGUUAUCGGAGGAACAUUUCUCCACUAUUUACCAGACCACGGCAUGCGGAAGUGGGCCAGAAGGGAGGCAGAGCAAAUAAUCAAGCAGAGAGAGAAGGCGGGUCUCCCUGUCAUAGAGGAGAACUACUACGACCCAAGCAAGAUCAUUCUGCCCACCGCUGAAAAGUAGUCGGACGUUCAAGAACCCCCCCACUGUAUUUCCUAAUUAUUGUAUGUCACUAUGGUAGAAUAAACGAUGCGCUUGUUGAAUUAUGUAA